AUGAAGUUCUCUAUCGUUUCCAUGGCCCUCCUGUCCCAGGUUCUGGCCGCCCCCAUCGCUGCCGAGGCUGGCCUCGCCAAGCGAGCCGUUGUCACCGUCAAGAACACCAACGUCAUCUACGUCAAGAACGUGGUCUACGUCGACCAGAACGGCACCCCCUACAAGACCGAGGUGGUCCCCUACACCACCGAGGCCCAGAUCGAGCAGCCCACCGAGGCCCCCGCCGCCCCUGCCCCCGAGGCCCCCGCCGCUGCUCCCACUUCUGAGGCUGCUCCUGCCCCCGCCCCCUCCUCUGAGGCUCCCGCUCCCGCCCCCACCCCCGAGGCCCCCAAGUCUGCUGAGCAGCCCCUCCCCGCUCCCUCUCCUUCUCCCGCCAACUUUGCUGCCGACGAGAAGCCCGAGGCUGCCCCCUCUCCCUCUCCCGCCCCCGAGCCCACCACCUCUGAGGCUGCCCCUGCCCCCGCUCCCGAGCCCACCACCUCCGAGGCCCCCGCUCCUACCACCUCUGAGGCUGCUCCCGAGCCCUCUCCUUCCGCCCCCUCCACUGGCGGUGGAUCCGGUGACCACACCGGUGAGGCUACCUUCUACGACACCGGCAUGGGCUCUUGCGGCAUCACCAGCACCGACUCCGACUUCAUUGUUGCCCUUAACAAGGACAUGUGGCAGGCUGGUAUGAUCGACGGUAACCCCAACCACAACACCCUGUGUGGCAAGAAGCUGACUGCCCACCGAGGCGGAAAGUCUGUCACCGUGACCGUCACCGACAUGUGCCCCGGCUGUGCUUCCGGCGAUCUCGAUCUCUCUCCCGCCGCCUUCAACGCCCUGGCUUCUCCCAGCGAGGGACGAGUCGGUGUCUCUUGGUCCUGGAACUAA